UGUAAGGACGUUUUUAUAUCCAAAAAUAUUGACAAAUAAAAAAUUUCAAAAGAAAUAAAAAACCCAAAAGUUAAGUUAAAAGCAAAAAAAUCAUAAAACGAGGUAGAUUGAGAAAAGGAUUUCGUAUCAAUGUACUUAAAUGAAAUAGAAGAGGAAAAUAAUUAAUUCCCUUUAAUAUAAAAAAGAAAAUCAAAGUACAAAGGAAAUACGACAAAUAUUUAAGUGGUUUAUUAAUGUGAAAACGGAAAUGAAAUCAAUAAAAUCGUAAUAUUCAAUAAAAAUGAAUGAGUGUAAUGAAAAUGUUUAUUACGGCCAUUAAGAAGAGCCGCAUGCAUAUACUAAGUCUCGUACAGUAGAAAAGGAGUAAAAAAACGCGCGCGAUUUUUGCCUUGAAUAUAUGAUUUCCAUGUAAUUUUGUAGUAGAUUUAGUUUGGUUUGUUUGACAAAAAUUAAUGUUUAGCUAAUUUCAGCCAUCGUUACCAAAAAAUCAUUAUUGGCAUUAAUUUGUUUUCAUAAAUUUAGUGGAUAAUUUUCAUAACGGGAGUGUGUGUAUGUUAGACUGUGAAUGGCUUUUUGCGGCUAUUUUAUUUGAUUACUCUGAUGACAUUAAAACAAAAUAUUAGAGGAAAACUAACAGCAAACGAAUAACAAAAGCGAUUUUAAAUAGUGCGGGUUGUUAAGUAAAUGUUGUGCCGGAAACCGGAUAUGCAUUUAAAUCACAAAAUGUGCUAAGCUUUUAUAAAUACACUUAAACAAUCACAAACGAACUAAUAUGUUUAUGUCUAUUUACCGUUAGUUGUUCAUAGUUUGUGUGUGAAUAAAAGCGCAAGAAUUUUAACCAAUACAGUUUUAGUUUUUAUGUGUGACUGCAAACAUUUCAUUCAUUUGUACGUUGGGAUACUAGUUUAUGCUAUUUUUUCUAUAUGCUUUACUAUUACCCGGGUCGUUUAGUCUCGUGUAUUGUAAAAUAGUGUUUGCCAAUUGAUGUUAAAAGAACUACAACAAAAGUAGCAGCAGAAAUAACAAAAUCGUUAAGGUGUUUAUGCACAUAAGUACUGUGUUGUUGUCGUUGCUGUUGCAUACAACUUUCAUGUUUUAUAUAUGUGUUGGUGCUGUUUGUAUUGGUGUUGUUGCGAUUUGGUGUCGGUGUUAGUGCUUGUUUUCGUAGUUUUAUUUUAUUAUUUGGCGCAUUGCAAGUUCACAUCGUGUGUGGCAGUGUUAAAAACAAAUAUUUCCUGUUUAUGCAGCAUAAACUACAAAUACAAUGGCUGCUUUUUUUGAUGUUUUCAUAGUUAUUUUGUUCUUCCCCAUAGUCUGCAAUCUAAUAAAGUAAAGUGAAAGUCUUUAAAUUCAAAAUAAUGUUUGGUUAUUAAAUUUGUUAAAAGGAAUACAUCACAUUAAACUGAUAUGAAUUCUAUUGGAUGAGAAUAUACAUAUCUACAAUCAUAAAAAAUACAAAUAGAAAUAAUCAUAAAAAUAAUAAGCAAAUAUUAUUGAAGAAAUAUCACAGCUUGAUUGUUGUGCUUUCUCAGCUCUUUUGUGUAUUUAUUUGUACGUUCAUUGUCUUGACAAUGACUUCUUGACUGAGUCAUUGCUGUGUUUGGUUUGCUGCAUCCACUUCUAACUAGAGUAGGAGGUGAAAAUAACUUCCUUUAACUACGUUCUAGCAAUAUACUACCGAUUUACAACUAUAUCUCACUGAUGAAAUAUGGAUUUUAUACAAAUAUUAUGCAGUUAUUUCUUAGCACUGCUAACAAAAACACAUGUACUUCAUGCAGUUAGCUGGGAAGAAUGGUGGACCUAUGAUGGUAUAUCAGGUCCUGCCUUUUGGGGUUUAAUUAAUCCCGAAUGGUCUUUGUGUAAUAAAGGACGAAGACAAUCACCAGUUAAUUUAGAACCUCAACGUUUAUUAUUUGAUCCUAAUUUAAGAACUUUACAUAUAGAUAAACAUAGAAUAAGUGGUUUAAUCACCAACACAGGUCAUAGUAUUAUAUUCACAGCAGGCAAUGAUACGGUUGCCAAUUAUGAUGGCAUGCAAAUGCCUGUCAAUAUUACAGGAGGCCCAUUAUCGUAUCGCUAUAGAUUUCAUGAGAUACACAUACACUAUGGCCUACACGAUCAAUUUGGUUCAGAGCAUAGUGUGGAUGGUUAUACAUUUCCCGCUGAGAUACAAAUAUUUGGUUAUAAUUCUCAAUUAUACAACAAUUUUUCGGAUGCAUUAAAUAGAGCUCAGGGCAUUGUUGGUGUUUCGAUACUAUUGCAGUUGGGUGACUUAUCGAAUCCCGAAUUACGUAUGUUAACCGACUCUUUGGAUCGCAUACGUUAUGGUGGAGAUGAAGCAUUUGUUAAACGUUUAUCCAUACGUGGCUUAUUACCGGACACUGAUCACUAUAUGACGUAUGAUGGUUCAACAACGGCACCCGCCUGUCAUGAAACUGUUACAUGGGUGGUUUUAAAUAAACCAAUUUAUAUUACAAAGCAACAGUUACACGCUUUACGUCGCCUUAUGCAAGGUAGUCCAGAUCAUCCAAAAGCUCCUUUAGGCAAUAAUUAUAGACCGCCUCAACCUUUAUUGCACCGGCCCAUACGCACAAAUAUUGAUUUUAAAACCUCCAAAGCUAAUGGUAAAGCAGCCUGUCCCACCAUGUACAAAGAAGUUUAUUAUAAAGCAACUAGUUGGAAACAACAUUAAAAUUAAACUACACUUUCGAACGGAACAUGUAGGCGCAACAGCAGAAAGCCUACAACAGCAUGUUCAACAAUCAAACACUGAUGUGGCAAAGAGGUAAACAAAAUUAUAAAUAAAUUAAAUAAAAGCGUGUAACAGGAGCUUCCACUAAACUAUAAUAAUAAUAAAAACACAAAAAUAAACACAGAGUCUAUAUUUGGUAAAUAUAAAUUCAAUAUUUAAUAAAAUAACUAAUAAAAACAUAAAUAAAUUACUAAAGAUUUAUA